CCUGCCAAUCAGGCUCACGCGUCACUUCCUUCUCCAGGCGGCGGCUGGCUUGCUGCUAUUUUGCUAACUACAGUUGACGAGUCCGUCAACGGGGAAGCUCGCGCUACGGGGAGCGAGGGUUUCUCGGUCGCGCGCCAGGGACCGUGCAUUUAUUUGGCCUCCAGGGGCGGGGCCGGGACCGGGACGGCAGCUUCACGCUUGUUACCCUCGGCUGACGCCGCUCGAGGACCAGCCCUGAAGAGCCGAGCGGCACCUAGUCAAGCCGGGCCCUCGAACGGAAAAAGCCGGAGAAACCUGCUGCUGAAACUGAGGGCCGAGGGGAGAGUCACCCGGCAACGAUUAAUAGCUGAGAUACUGAUCAAGUUCUGCCCAUCUUCAAUGAGGAACUACAGGCUGAUCUUCUGCCAUAACCUUAAGCAACCAUAAAUGACAAAAGAAUGCUUGGUCAGUAAAGGUAGCUGGCAUAGAAAGUAUUUUGUGAACAUAGGUGUUUAAGUGCUGUGAGAAAGACACUUUGACAUUGGGCUGCAUAAAGAUAUGAGGAAGAGCUCCUCCCCUUCUUUGAGUAAUUGCAACUCUGUUCUUACUAAUAAAAUAUUUGGAAUUCCACUUGAUGAACUGCAACAGGAAGGGCAACCAGGCAGUGAAGUUCCAUUCAUAGUCCGCCAUGUCGUGGACUAUAUUGAGGAACAUGGAGGUCUAGAGCAAGAAGGACUUUUUCAAGUCAAUGGGAAUGCAGAAACAGUGGAGUGGCUUCGGCAAAGAUAUGAUAAUGGAGAAGAUGUGGACCUGGUUAAAGAAGCAGAUGUACCUUCUGCUAUUAGUCUUCUUAGAUAUUUUCUUCAAGCACUUCCAGAACCAGUUAUUCCUGGCACGCUACAUAUGCAUUUAAUACAACUGCCUCAAGAUUAUAAUGAAGAUGAAUUUGGAAGAAAAUUAAGAUUCCUCUUGCAACAACUUCCGCCUGUGAAUUACAGUUUAUUAAAGUUUCUGUGUAGAUUUUUAGCUAAUGUAGCAUCACAUCAUGAAGAGAUUUGGUCUGCAACUUCAUUGGCUGCAGUUUUUGGUCCUGAUGUCUUUCACAUUUACACAGAUGUGGAGGAUCUGAAAGAGCAAGAACUUGUUAGCAGAAUAAUGGCAGGACUGCUAGAAAAUUAUGAUGAACUCUUUGAAAAUGAAGAGGAAGAUUUCUCAUCUAAUGAUUUAAGUUCAGUAACUGAGCAGAUAAAUGAUUUGUUGGAUGAAGAUGAUAUAAAGCUUGAGCAGUCUGAAGAACUGCCAGAAGAAGAGGAAGAGGAAGAAAAUACAGAGGAUCCAAAAUAUAGGGAAGACACAGAGCCUCAAGAUAUGAUGGAGAGCAUCCUGGAGUCAUGUAGUGUUUCAGCCUCAACAAGUGCUCAUCUCUCCCCCUUAAGUAUCUUGCCAGCUUCUGCAGAUAUCUUGGAAAGAACAAUUAGAGCAGCUGUAGAACAACAUCUUUUUGAUCUGCAGAGCAGCAUAGAUCAAGAUCUCAAGAAUUUACAGCACCAAGUGGUGUGUCAUGAAGGAGAUAUUGAGGAAGAUGAAAAAGGAUCUAACAACCGGGAUGAUACUGAAAAGAAUAUUACUAAAGAUUAUGAGAAUCUUGGAGACUGCUCUGAAACAGUGAAUUGCACUAAAUUAGACAGUGAAAUUGUACAACCUGUGUCUGAGGAAAAAGAAAAUUAUCAGGCUGCAGGCGUAUUGUUGAAGCCAUGUGAUGAUGGAGGUGAAGAUAAAGAAUCCUUUGGAAAUAAGCAAGAUUUUAUAUCGUUUGAUGAUGGUAGCAAAAUGACGACCCAUAUGAUUCUGGAUUGUGUUAGCAACAUUUCUGAUCAAAAUAUGAAAAAUGAAUCGGAGGAAUUGAAAAACAAAAAUAACAAUGCUCCUGAAGCAACACUAUGUGCCUCUUUACCACAUCUUGAUUUGAAGAAUGUGAAUGGUGGUGACAAAUGGGAAGAGCCAUUUCCUGCUUUUAAAUCUUGGCAGGAAGAUAAUGAAUCUGGAGAAGCUCAGCUUUCUCCACAAGCUGGAAGAAUGAAUCAUCCUCUGGAAUUAGAUAGUCAUCCCAUAUUGGCACACCGGAGUUUGGAUUUUGGGCAAAGUCAGCGUUUUCUGCAUGAUCCAGAAAAAAUAGAUUCUUCAUCUAAAGCCCUUUCUUUUGUUAAAACUCGAAGAGCAGCAUUUAGUAGUUCUAAGGAUGAUAGAAGGGAAGAAAAGACUCCAUAUCAGCUAGUCAAAAAGUUGCAGAAAAAAAUAAGACAGUUUGAGGAGCAAUUUGAGAAAGAAAAAAACUUCAAGCCUUCGUAUUCUGAUAUUGCAGCAAAUCCAAAGGUUUUAAAAUGGAUGACAGAGCUUACCAAAUUAAAAAAGCAAAUAAAAGAUGCAAAGCACAAAAACUCAGAUGAAUUGAUACCUCAGGCACGUCCACGAAGCAACACUCUUCCAAAAAGUUUUGGUUCAUCUCUGGACCAUGAAGAUGAAGACAAUGAAGAUGAUCUGCGUGUUGCUCAGAAAGAGAAGAAGCCUACAAAAGAAAUCACUGUUGAAUUAAUUUUAAAGAAAUUGAAAGAAAAGCGAACUGAAAGAUGCUUGCCAGAAGAUAUAAAAAAAAUGACGAAAGACAAUCUGGCAGAAGAAAAAACAUCACUCCAAAAAAGUCUCCUGUUCUAUGAAAGUCAGCAUGGACGUCCGGUUUCCAGAGAAGACAGACAUGUUGUUAAACCCCUCUAUGACAGGUACAGGCUUGUGAAACAGAUGUUAACUCGAGCAAGCAUUACUCCUAUCCUUGGAUCACCAUCAACUAAAAGGCGUAGCCAGAUGUUACAACCUAUCAUAGAAGGAGAAACAGCCCAUUUCUUUGAGGAAAUUAAGGAAGAGGAAGAAGAUGGAGAUAUCUCUUCAGAAUUGACUGAUAUUUUAAAAUCCAGUGCCCAAAUACAUCCCAUUGCUACUAGCCCUGUGGAAAACUCAGAAUCUGAUGUUGAAGAAAGUCAAGAGAAACUAACUCGAGAACUUCGACUUUCUAGUAUUCGAGCAGCUUCCAUGCCUGAAUUAUUAGAACAACUUUGGAAAGCCAGAGGUGAAAAAAAGAAAUUGCGCAAAACCCUACGGGAAUUUGAAGAAGGAUUUUAUCAACAAAAUGGGAGGAAUGUUCAGAAGGAGGAUCGUGGACCCAUGCUUGAUGAGUAUCGAGAGUACAAGAAAGUUAAAGCUAAACUGCGUCUUCUUGAAGUCCUUAUCAGCAAACAAGAUCCAUCAAAAUAAAUUACGUUUCUCCAUUAACAAAGAACGAUUGUUUUCAUAUGCUGCCCAUAGUACUGUUAGGGGUAUUCUUUUGUCUUGCUUUGUUGAAAGAAUGCAGUUUUUGUACACUUUAGAAGGACAGGUAGGUCCAAUCUAGAAAGUUAAUGAAAAAAAUUUAAAUUGCGACUCAAUCUGUCCAACUUUAAGGCUUGUUUUCUUUUUCUCAUUUUUAAAAAAUUACAAUAUAUCUUGUUCUCAAAAGACUUUUAUUCUAGAAUCAUUCAGAAAUGUUGGACCUGCUAACUUCGCUUCAUCUGCAUUUAUUAGUAUUACACUGAACUCCUCUGUUGCCUUUUUAGUAUGGAAGACAAUGGCAGCCAAUUAAGAAUACUCCUGAACACCAUAAAGGAACUGCAAUGCCUUUCAGAGGACUGCGUGGAAUAACUGAUUGCAAAUGGCAUCUUUCAUAUAGUAGAAUUAUAGAUGGAUAUUGAAAUAUAGAUUCUCCGGUUUCAGAUGACAAUGGACAAACCAGAAAGUGACCUUGCUUGCUGUAUUUUUAAAACUUGGAAAAACCUGAACAUUUAUAUCACAUAUUGCCUACAAGACUUACAUUACUGUUAAUUUCUAUUUAUUGUCUACUGGUGACAGUGUGUAGUCUGAAUUGGAGACUGCAUCUUAUCCUUGUGUUGGUGCUCAGAUUCAUUCAGUUCAGUAAGCUUACACCACUUUUGCUGUAUCUGAAACAAACUUAUUUUACCAAGGGCUACAAUUAAUGUAAUUAAUGUAUUGAACAAGCUGGACAGAACUAGCUUUGAAAGAAGCCUUUCUACUUCCAUUCACAGAAAUGGAAAGAGAAGUGAUCUGCCUCAAGGCAGACAUGACACGAAUUUUGCAUGUCAAAGCUUCAGAACCAAGAGGGUUUUUUUAACUGACAUUUUUUUUUUGCCUAGUAUACAUAACACAACAGCGGCUGAUUUAAAAAAAAAAAAAACUGCACUCCAAAAUCCUUCUAAAUGACUUGAGUACCUACAUACGAGAUACAGUACAGAGGACAAGGGCUUAUAUGGAAUCCUUUACGCAUAGGCCCUGCUUCUUUGGUUUGACUGGAUUAAAUCCUAAGUGUUGAAUACCUUUUGGAUCUAUUUUGUCUUGUGGCCAUGUUUUUGCAUGUGCCUAUUUGCUGCAUGUGUUAUGAACAGCUAAUGCCAACACAAAUUGUUUUUCAUUGCUUUUCUGAAAAACCAGAAAAUGAAUUUCAGUGAAAUAAUGGCAUGUAAACUCAUCAGAUUGAUGUGUUAACAUGUAAUAGGUAGAGAAUAGAUUUUAGAGACUCCAUACUUCUAUUGGUUGUGUUUCUCGUUUUUAUUGUAAUUCUAGGCAUGUAAUUUUGGAACCCAAAAGUGACUAUUAAAAUGAAUUUAUACUCUAAUGUUUUGCCUUUUUAUACAGCCUGAAGGGUUUUAGUGGACUGUAGUGAAUUACAAGAUCGGGAAAUAAUCUGUAGAUUUUUCCGUGGCUUUUGUUCAACUUCAUCGUGCAAUGUAUAUUUCAGUUACUUUUCCAUCAAUCUGCAAUCAGUGGUGCAUCAAACAUCAAAACCUAUGUGUACUGUAUAGUGUUGUACAUGAAUGUUUUAUAUACCACAUGCAAAAUAUCAAUAUGCACUAUUUAAAUGUUUGUUUUAAAUAAUAUAUUCCUCCUUUAUAAUGCUUAAAUCUAUAUGAUCCCAAUAUUUUUAUAAAGUGAGUGAUCAAAUUGGUUCCACUUCAGAAUCAACAGCUGCUUUUGUGUGUGCUUUGCAGUGUUUGGCUGUUUGUUUGUUUGUAGCAAGUAUGGCAUCAGUUAUGCUAAGAGUGUGUGUUGUGCCAUCUUAUUGAGCAAUAAAUGGUAGAAUUAGGCAUUUUGUGAUAACACAGUUUUACUUUCAUAUAAGUAAAAACUAUAUGUGGAUAUAUAGAUAUAUAAAUAUAUAUAUAUAUAUAUAUAAAUAAACCAGAUAUGAAUGAUUGCUAUGUCUGGUAUUUCAUUGUAUAGAUUUUUAUAAUAAAAAAACUUCUAUUGUCAUA